UACCCAUUGUACCCUGUUAAAGGGUUGAGACCAUCAUCACUGCGAAAAUCAUCCUCCGCCAGCAGUAGCAGUAUUAACAACGCUUGCCCCCCGCCGCCGCCCACACCUCACCAAUUGAUAAGCAGUGCUGCCAAAUCCGCUCCACAUCAGCACCAGCAAACCCAGCACAGACGCAGUAGCUGCUCCAGUCACACCAGCACCACCGGCACCACCGGCAUCAGUCACGUGGAUAACUUGGCCACAAAACCGGCCAUCAAUUUGCUAGCCAAUCACUUGCAGCUGCAGGUUAACUACUUUGAAUUCCCGCCCGCCACUCGAACAGCUGCGCCGGCUCAGCGUCAGCAUCAGUUGCUUUUGGCCAAUAACUGUGCCACCACCACAGCCUCAUCACCGUGUCUGAACUGCAAUUUUUGUCAAACAGGAUCUGCGGGCAAUCCGAAUUCCCAUAGCAACUCUAGUUAUAAUUCGGCAGUUGCGCAAGCGGCUGCAUCCACAGCUUGUGCAUUACUUGCUACGUGCCACGUAUCCAGCAAUUCGCCUCGACGACAACAAGAACAAGAACCGCAAACCACAAGCAUGGGCCGACGAGAAAUAAAACGCUCCAAUACCAGUGGCUCCACCACCAGAUCCUAUGACAGUGGAAGCGCAACCACAAAUUUUGUUGGGAAAUUUACGCAGAGCGUACGGCGUAUUGUUCAGGAUGUCAAGGAUGAGGGUGCUCCAAGUGGAAUGACUCGGGAUGAGGUAAUUGAAACCAAUGAACGUUUGCGUUCACUUCGCCUCCGUCUAGAGGAGUCCUAUGAAACGGCUAAGAAGGCGCUGAUAAAUCUUAUGAAUAAAUAUGGCGAUUCCAAGAGUCAUCGCAACAUUUUCCAGAGAUAUCCCAUGCUAAAGCUUAUGAUAAAGGAAGUAAUUCGCUUGGAGACCCAAUACUGGACACUGGUGGACAUACCACGACAAGAGAAGCAGGAAACAGUACCUUCAUAUGUAAUGCGAGCUUGUUCGAUUAUGGAGAAGACACAGAAAUCGGGCGAGGGUGUGAAGACAUCUGCCCGACUGGCCGAGGAGGCUGCCGAGCGGCGAGAGCGUAUGGAGCGAUUGGAACACAUGACAACCGCACAAAUCGAGCACGAGAAUACACAGCUGAUUAAUGAUUUGUAUCGCCUGUUGAAAAAGUAUCUUGGCCUGCGGCAUCUCAUACGAGUUCUAAAGGAAGAGUACGGCAGCUCAAAGAUGUAUCCGAUAUUUCCACGCUACACAAUGCUCAAGGACAUGAUAAAGGGCAUCAUGCACGACCCGGACUACAUGGAGGUGUGCCAUGAGACACUGGCCAACGCCAACUGAGCCGAGGCCACCGGAAAUGGCAGACGUCGCAUGAGUGUCAUAUGAGAGGGCCCCAAUACUAAUACAAAUAGCAGUAUACACAGACGCAAGCAGUAGAAAUGAUGCAGGAUGUCUGUCGCUGUGUGUGUGUGUGUUGUGUGUGUGUGUUUUUUGAGCGCUUAUUUCGCAUGCAAGUUUUCUGCCAUUCCGGAAAUUUUUGGAAAUUUUUUGAAACACAAUUCCAUUUUAAGCUCUGAAAGAGCUAUAACUAAUUAACUGAAAACUAACCAACUAACUAACACCCAGACCCCACCAUAGCAGUACACUAACUGAACUAUUUACAUAACUCUCUCUAUAUAUAUGUAUACAUACAACAAAUAAUACUUCAAUACCAAAAACAAGCAAACACAAACUAAAAGGCAUUUAUUUUGAAUGAAACUUUUGAGAUGAAAAACACUAAGAAAAACCUAUCGAAAAUAAUUACAUACAAACACCAAAAAAAAACAUUCAAGUCGCUCAACAAGUUGUACGAUAAGCCGAUCUACUAACAUACAUACUAUACAUCAAAAUAUCGAUAUAGAUAUAUCUACAACAUAUACAUAUACAUAUAUAUAUACAUAUAUAACACUUUGUGUUGAAUUUUUGCCUGAUUGAAUGCAUAAGUAUGUAUGGGCAAUAACCAAAAAAAAAAAAACAAAAAGAAAAACAACAACUAAACUUAACUAAAAUACUAUAUUAAGCAUUUUCGCAACAGCAGUUGAAUGGGAGCAUCGAUUGAAGAUGGCUAAUCAUACUUAAGGAUUGCGAAAUUAAAUUCUUUUUUCCUAUUUCAAGAAAUUUUUUAAACUGGUCGAUUAGCCACUCACAGAAAGCUAUUAACAACUACAACUAAAAACCAAACCAAAAUGAACUAAAA